CCAGCUGUCGCAGGCCUCGCAAGCGUCGCCCGCCAGCCCCGAGGCCAGCCAGCCACACUAUGGACGCCUUGAAGCGAGCCAAGGAGGAGGCUGUCAUCAAGGCCAGAGAACUCGUCAACAUAAAUUCAAUUUGGACAAGCGGCAGUAAGAUGAUGAGUUUGUUUGGACAACAAAGCAUCAUGGCUAGCCCCCAUCAGCUGCCCAAGGAGAUAGCUAAUCUUCACUAUGAAGAUCUGCUGCCCCACAACCAACAGGGCUACCCCGUUACCAGGGAGUUCCUGCAGAAGGUGAUCGACAUCCUGAUGGACCACGUCAAGGACACCAACGACCGGAACUGCAAGAUCCUCGAGUUCCACCACCCCGAGGACAUGAAGAAGCUCCUGGACCUGGACAUCCAGGACAAGGGCGUCACCCUGCAGCAGCUGGUGCAGGACUGCCACACCACCCUCAAGUACCAGGUCAAGACCGGACAUCCCCGCUUCUUCAACCAGCUGUCCUGCGGCCUGGACUUGGUGUCCAUGGCCGGCGAGUGGCUGACCGCCACCGCCAACACCAACAUGUUCACCUACGAGAUCGCGCCCGUCUUCAUCCUCAUGGAGAACGUGGUGAUGCAGCACAUGCGGGAGAUCAUCGGCUGGGAGAACGGCGCCGGGGACUCCAUCCUCGCUCCGGGUGGCUCCAUCUCAAACCUGUACGCCUUCCUGGCUGCCCGCCACAAGAUGUUCCCCCAGUACAAAGAAAAGGGCCUGAGCUCCAUCAAGGGCCAGCUGGUGAUGUACACCUCGAACCAGUGCCACUACUCCGUCAAGAGCUGCGCCUCUGUGUGCGGCCUCGGCACUGACCACUGCGUGGAGGUCCCAAGUGAUGAGCUGGGCCGCAUGAUCCCGUCCGAGCUGGAGCGCCUCAUCCUGGAGCGCAAGGCCCGCGGCGACAUCCCGUUCUUCGUCAACUGCACCGCCGGCACCACCGUGCUGGGCGCCUUCGACCCCAUCGAGGACAUCGCCGCCAUCUGCCAGAAGUACAAGUGCUGGAUGCACGUGGACGCCGCUUGGGGCGGCGGCCUCAUGCUGUCCAAGAAGUACCGCCACCCCCGCCUCACCGGCAUCGAGAAGGCCGACUCGGUCACGUGGAACCCGCACAAGCUGAUGGGCACCCUGCUGCAGUGCUCCACCAUCCACUUCAAGGAGGACGGCCUCCUGAUCAGCUGCAACCAGAUGAGCGCCGAGUACCUGUUCAUGCAGGACAAGCUGUACGACGUGCGCUACGACACUGGCGACAAGGUCAUCCAGUGCGGGCGCCACAACGACAUCUUCAAGCUGUGGCUGCAGUGGAGGGCCAAGGGAGACGAGGGCUUCGAGAAGCACAUGGAUCACCUGAUGGAGAUGAGCGAGUACAUGGUGCGCCGCAUCAAGGAGCAGCCCGACAAGUUCGAGCUGAUGAUGGAGCCGGAACUGGUCAACGUCAGCUUCUGGUACAUCCCCACCAGGCUGCGCGGCAUGGAGAAGUCGAGGGAGCGGGAGAACCUCUGCGGGCAGAUCGCCCCAGUGCUGAAGAGCCGCAUGAUGCAGAGCGGCACCCUGAUGGUGGGCUACCAGCCCCUGGACGACAGACCCAACUUCUUCCGCAACAUCAUCUCCUCGGCCGCCGUCACCCACGCCGACAUCGACUUCCUGCUCAACGAGAUGGACCGCCUGGGCCACGACCUGUAGGCUGGCACCAAACUGGGACGGGGCCGAGGACGGGGCGCCGACGCGUCCGGCUGUCCGGGGAAGUCCGCACUGCACGCUCGUUGCAGUGCAAUGGCUGUGGGAAACUCUUUUGUUUUUCAUUUUUAGUCGAGGCGAGUAGGUCCAGUUGAGAGGCGGGCGCGACCAGCCUGUCUUGCUUGCCGGCGGAUCUCUAACAGCGGGAAUCUUCGCAAAGUCGACGAGCAGGUGGCGCGGGUUCGAGUCCCUCUGCCCCCAGUUUCAUUUUUUGUUUGGAUUCCGCGCGUGCUGAGCACGUGCUAGUCCCCCGUACUCUGGGGCUUCUUAAAAUUCGCAAAAAAAAAUUAAUUAAAUUACAAAGUAAGUUGUCGUGUACGGCCAAGCGGAUACCCGCAGCAUUAGGAGUUAGAGUAGGGAAAUGGAUGUCGUAGUCUGCCUUGUGUUCUAGGUCUAGGCUAGGUCAAGUCGCUUAGAGCGCCCUUGCGUCUCAAACCGUGGCGUCUCAAUUACUUCCAGAAUCCUUUAUAAUUAUGUAUCUCUCUGUGUGGGCCGGAUAGAAGAGGAAGACUGCAGGUGAUAUUUACUGUACAUGGAGUACAAAACAAGCAAAGCAUCUAAAAUAUGUGUACUGCUGUUUAUUUUUAUCCUUUUGUUCAAAUUUAUAGUAUUGCUUCUAUUUUGUGAACGUGUAACGUGUAUUUUGAGGAAAGCAAACAAUUAUUUAUUUUCUUCACUAUUCUGACUCUUGAAGAGAUUUGCCAGUUCCUUAACUAUUUAUUGUUAAACGUAUAUAUUAUUUAAGAUAAAAUGCGUAUGAGGGCCGCAAGUGACCUGUGGAAGGAAUACGUGGAUAUUAUGAAAAGCUCCCAUUAUGUCAAAUUGUAAAUGAGGUAGAGAAUUUCUUAGCAAGCACUUGCCAAAGUGUAUGCAAAAUCAAGGUAUCUGAACCCACACUCAUGUGGGCUCAGGGUAGGCACCGAGCGAGCAAAGUACGGGCCCUCCAAAUGUUAAGGCACAUUAUUUCAAAUUUAUUCAAACAAAAUCCAAAUGAGGGUGACGGGUUUGAUCUUGUCUCUGUUUUCCUUGUAUUCUAUACCACCCGGACGCUCUUCGGUUGGGCGAACAUCCCUUUCGACAGACAACCCACCAGCGUCUCGCCGGGCUUCAAGCUGGAGGGCCCUUAGUCCAGGAUGUUGCUUGUAGGUUUUGGAACAGACCAGCAGUAUUUUGUGACACUCUGCGCGUCACGCGCUGUUCUCAAGAACUGAGUGAGAGUGAUGGAGAGGCGACAUGUUGCAGAGGCUCACGUCUGAAUGGGGAGGUGGGUCGCGAUGUGUUGCCCACCUGGCAGGCGGUCGACCCAUGGACGUCCUCCAAAGGCGUGUGCUGAAGGCUUUCGUUGCUCCCAGCUGGGUAGGAAACUUAAAAUAUGUGUUGGAAUGGUGGGGAAAGGGGUGAGGAAGAAGAAGCUGUGUCAUGUUUUUCUCUUAUUCUACUUCAUCUGUAGGUCAUCACGCCUCACAUUUACUGUUUGAAUCUUUCCUAACGUGAUAUUUAUGUUAUGUGUAAACAAUCUAUGUCAUGUUGAUCGAGUCAGAUAUUUUAUCCUUCUAGAGUGGAAAAAAGAUUGAUUUGGAUUCGAAGAAGGGCAGGCUCCUAAAAUCUAUGCACUUUAUUUUCGCGCAGUGUUGGCUUCCAGAUAUUUAUCGAUUUGUUGUUCUGUUUUUUGUUUCUGUGUCUAGAAUAUAUAUCUUAAUAUUUACUGUGUAUCAGGCUGCCUAUAAUGCGAGGCACAAGUGUAGUAUGCAAUAACUUUACGUGUGUCUUUUUCCCAGUGCGCCAGCCCCACUCGUACGAUUGGCUAAUGCCGUCCGAACGUUAAAUUUGGUCGAAAGAGGACUAAAACUACCUGUUGGCUUCUGGCGUUUGGUUCAGCCUCCCGUUAAGCUAGUUUGCGUGCGUUGGGUCCUAAGCAGGCACUGUCCGACCCGCCACACCGUGAAUGCUCGCUUCUCAUUGGUCGAGAUUGCCGAAAAUGACGAUUUACACGAAUUGAAACCGGUGGGUAAGGGUGAGGUAAGACAUGCAGAAUGUUGAAGACACUUGCCUCGGAUGCGUAUUAGCCGAUAUUAGCUAAUCGUAGAGACGUAUAAGGUGGCAACACUUGUACAUAUAUUUUUGUGACGUUUUGUGUACAUAUUGAUGUAUAUUUUAUUUCAAAGUAGAUUGUGAUGUUGGGCAAAGCAGUGCUGCUAUAGCAGGUGGACUGCACAGGUCCGCCGCGUUGUCGCUUCAGUCAAUUCCAAGUAUCAAUUAAAAAAUUCGCGGGUACGCGAUUUUGCUGUCCGGUUCGAUUCAAUUAUAUAGGUCAAUUGAAAUAAAAAUUAUUCGGAAUUGAAAAAAAAAGAGUGUCCUUCGAAACGCAUAGAAACUUUCAAAAUGUAUGUUGUAACAUAUCACGCAAUAUGUGUAUAUAUCGCUAUACCAAACCAUAUACAAAUAAUCCUUAAAAUUCAACAAAAGUGGCGUCCUGAUUUGAGAGUUGUGUGGCGGUCGCUCUGUCACAUCGGAGGGCAUGAUGGUGUGGUAAACCACCUUGGUGUUGUCGUUAUCCUGUUGUGAAAAGAAUGUACGCUGCAAAAAUAAAAACAAUAAAAUACCCAAAAAGCGUC